AUGGAUGGUCAUGGCGAUAUCGAAAAUGGUUGCCCAGCGUGCGAGUGUGACAUCGUUGGCAGUAUUGGAGAUCAGUGUGAUGCUAUCAGUGGACAAUGCACUUGCAAGCAAGGUGUUUUUGGCAAGCGUUGCGAUCAAUGUCGUCCAUCAUACUUCAACUUCACCGAUGCUGGCUGUCAGUUCUGUCAUUGUAACAUCUAUGGUUCGAUUGAGGAUGGAAAGUGUAACAACGUCACCGGUAAAUGUGAAUGUCGUGACAACGUUGACGGAACGAUGUGCGAGAAAUGUGCUGACGGAUUCUUCAAUAUCACCAGUGGUGUUGGAUGUCAGGCUUGCAAAUGCGAUCCCAUGGGCUCAGACGGCGAGGCUUGUGACCUACACUCAGGACAAUGUGUUUGCAAACCAGGCGUGACGGGCUUGAAAUGUGAUCAAUGUCUACCAAAUCACUAUGGGCUGAGUGAAGAAGGAUGCAAAGGUAGGGCUGCUUUGAGACAUUGUGUGGCUCUUUUGCUACCGUAUGCUACCGUAAUCAUGCGCGGCGCUAUAACAGUAGCUCUGCCGCACUGCGAUGUAACCAACUCGAUUAAUUCAUUUCACACCAAAAAAUUCAACUUUCUUCUCGCCCAGUACCGUACCCUUCCGGGCAAACCAGUCACCGUUUGGUAUUGAGC